UUCUUUUAGGCACUUUCCCAGGUGGCAAGUGCCAGGGGCAGCAACCUACUCUGACCCAGGGACAGCGCAGAGCUGCCCCUGCCUGAUUCUGCAGGAGGCAUGGUGGUGGCAGCAUCAGGCACCUGGCCAGCAGCGUGAGGAAGGGAGCCUGCAGGGCCCCAGCACUGGAAGAUGUCAAUGUCGGGCAGAGUGUCUCCCACCCUGGAGAGAAGCGGCAGCCAGACAAGCAGAGUGAAGGCCACGGUGCAGCCCUCCAACAGCAUCAGUGUGCAGGGCAUCUCCUACACCAUCAGAGAACGUGUUGGCCCGUGGUGGAAUGUUUCUUUAUAUCGUAAAAAAUGGACCCGGCAAAUACUUAAGGAUGUCUCAUUUCAUGUAGAGAGUGGCCAGAUUAUGGGAAUUUUAGGAAAUUCAGGAUCUGGGAAAACAACACUUCUGGAUGCAAUAUCAGGAAGACUGGGACAUAAAGACAAUUCAUUGGGUGAUGUGUACUUGAAUGGGUGUCAGCUGAAGAAGGAACAGUUUAAAGAUUGCUUGUCUUAUGUGCCACAGACUGACACUUUGUUAAGCUUCCUCACCAUACGAGAGACUCUAACCUACACUGCUUUACUAACUCUUCAGAAAUGCUCCGACGACUUAAUCAGAAAGAAGGUAGAUGCGGUUAUGGCUGAGGUGAGUCUCAGCCACAUUGCUGACAAAAUAAUUGGAAGUCGUAAUUUUCUAGGAAUUUCGGGGGGUGAGAGGCGUCUCGUUUCAAUUGGAGCCCAGCUAUUACAAGAUCCCAAGGUCAUGCUGCUCGAUGAACCAACAACAGGGCUGGACUGCCUAACUGCAAAGCAGAUUGUCUCCCUUCUCUCGGAGCUUGCACAUAGGGACAGGAUUGUGAUUAUUACAAUUCACCAGCCUCGCUCAGAACUCUUCAGGUUAUUUGACAAAAUAGCCAUCAUGAGCUUUGGAGAAAUGGUUUUCUGUGGAAACCCUAUGGAAAUGAUCACAUUUUUUAGUGACUGCGGCUAUUCUUGUCCUGAGCAAUCAAAUCCUUUUGACUUCUAUGUGGAUCUGACAUCUGUGGACACCCGAAGCAAGGAACGUGAACUUGAAACCUAUAGUAGGGUUCAGGUAAUUGUAUCAGCCUACAAAAACUCGGAGAUCUUUAGCAAAGUACUGGCAACCAUUGAAAGAACAAAGAGUAUGAAAGAGCUGACACCAAUACCAUUCAAAAACAAAGACUCACCCAGUGCCUUUUGCCAAUUGUGGAUUCUUGUACGAAGGAUAACAAGAAACUUCUCCAGAGAUAAGAUGGGCAUCACCAUGCGUCUCCUCCAGAAUCUACUGUUUGGCUUGUUUGUAGCAUUUUUCCUUCUUAGACUACAGAAUGAUCUGUUAAAAGGAGCUGUGCAGGACCGUGUGGGGCUGGUCUACCAGUGCGUGAGUGCCCCUCCCUACACAGGGAUGCUCAACAGCGCUGUCCUUUUCCCACCUUUACGUGCUAUCAGUGACCAGGAAAGUAAAGAUGGCUUGUACAAGAAGUGGCAAAUGCUUUUAGCUUAUAUAGUACAUUUCUUGCCCUUCAGUAUCAUCAGCGUGGCAAUUUUCUGCAUCUUUAUUUACUGGAUUGCCGGUUUGCAUCCUGAUGCUGCCAGAUUUGGGAUUUUCUUCGCUGUUGUCUUAGCGUGUCAUAUAAUUGGUGAACUACUAACACUUGCUGUACUUGGCGUGGUUCAAAACCCAAACAUAGUCCAAAGUGGAGUGGUGCUACUUAGUUCAGCAGGUGUGACAGUGGGAACAGGACUACUAAGGACCAUCGAAGACAUGCCAAGAGUUUUUAAGAUACUCAGUUAUCUUACCUUUCAAAAAUACAGCAGUGAAAUUCUCAUAGUCAAUGAAUUUUAUGGCUUAAACUUCAGAUGUGGUAGAGCCGGCACUUCCGCUACACAUAAUCCUAUGUGUCUCUUCUCUCAGGGCACUCAGUUCAUUGAAAAAAGCUUUCCUGGUGCACUGUCCCGGUUCACACUUGAUUUCCUAAUACUCUAUGCUUUUCUACCAGGACUUGCCAUUGUAGCACUUCUGAGCUUCAAAAUAAGAGACAGAAUUAUCAGCAGGCAAUAAAAAAGUAGCAGUUCUAACAGUGUCUAAUACAACACUUUUAACUUGAUUAUGGUUGAAGGCUUAAAUUGUUGGACUUUAGAUACAAUUUAAAUGAUUAUACACAUAGAAACAUAUCUUCUCAUGCUUGUUUCUAACUGGAUGUUUUCCAUCUUGAAAAACAAUGUUCUCUUAAGAGUGUGAGUGUCUUCCUGCUCUUGGCAUUCCCACCCCACUCCCAAAUCCGCCAUAAUCAACAUUAUUACCUGUUUUAAAGGACUUUUUGAAUUUAAUUUAGUCACCUGUUGCUGUCAAUUUUUAAUAAUGUAGCAAUGGUGCUCUAAUCUCUUCCCAACUAUUGUGAUUUUUAACCAUUACCAAUAAGCAGAGGGGUUCAACUCCUACUAC